AUGCGAAGCUUGUUCGUCCCAGGAUCCACAUUCCUUGCACACCCUCCUCUUUCCUGUAGCCGCCAUCCUACGGAUUCCUCUACGGUUAUGAACUAUCGACUAAUGGUCUACCAGCAUCCAUCUGAUCCGGUAGUGAGCCGUCUAUCGCACCUUCGACAUGGUUUCACUGUUGACUCAGCGCUGUUGGCAUUCCACCUCCUCGGUGCAAUGCAGUCUUCGCACGCCGUUUACGCCUUCGCCAACAAGCUAUCAUACGAAGUAGAAUGGAAAGCAGACCGCUCUCACGUGAAGCGACCUCCUUUCCAGCUGGGGUACGCUUCAGCACUAGAACCCAUUGUACAGCAGUGGCGAAUGACAUCAUCAUCAACUACUAAUGACUAUCAUGUGCAACCGUUUUCUAUAGCCAUCGACAACAGAAUGCCAUCAAGACUACUGGAACAAGACACCGCGCUUCUGGAGACCUCACAAAGAACAUCUUCCUCCAUUGCUAGCUCAAACGGCAUGAGGAGAAAACAUCAUCGACUUUCCGAUGUUGUAUCCACUUCUGAUAACACUACCGACCUCGGACGAAACCUUGGAGCUUAUAUUAAUGAGAGGAUACCACCUGGAGUGACUAUUUUCGUGCUAAUUCUCCUUUCAAUAGUAGCCUUCAUACUGAUACUCACAGGAACCUUCAAUAUUCCGUUCUGUCCGAUUCAGCCGAUGAUUCCGAUUUGGUUAAUGGUGAUCGGAGUGUUAAUAAUUGUCAGCUCCACAAUGCGUAUUGUUCGCUUAAUUCCUUCUCCUCAACACAGAAGACGCAAUUUGUCCCUCGAUCUUUGUUGCCGUGUCAGUGAAGGACUUUUGAUCGUAUCAAACGUUGUGUGGCUAACACUUGGAUGUAUAUGGGUAUACGGAAGCAGAUCACGUGUGCACUUCCAAGAAUACAUGUUUGAAGAGCAUUUCUGCGAUUGGACGCUAUACUGGAUAGCAUUUUGGGUGUGCACGGCAUAUUUGAACUUCAGCGCUAUCGUUUCUCCAGGACUGAUGAUGCGUUAUACGAUUCCCCCUGCGGAAAGCGAAAACUCAUCAUAG